CCAAAUAUUAGAGAGAGAUGGGGAAAAAACCAAGUAGGUAAUAAUGACGGCACGGACAAAAAAAUAUGUAAAACCGAGUGACGAUCUGAUCUGUGAACUGGCUACCAUCCUAGGUCGGCAAUUCGAUUGCAUUCAUAGUCGUCUAUCAAAGAUCGAAGUGAGUAAUCCGAGGGGCAGCAUAUAUAGGGCUAAAACCCGAACGAGAACCAGGACAAAGGAGGAUUGGAAUCGGAAUCGGGAUUGGGAACAGAAUCGGGAACAUCUAGAGAUAGCACCGCGGGGCGCAGAGGAGCGGAGCGGUGAGAGUUGGAAGCUGUCCUCGAGGAACUCUUCCCGGAGGCAGAAGAAAUGUAUUCGGCGGUGAAGCCGCUCUCCAAGUAUCUGCAGUUCAAGUCAAUACGCAUCUACGACGCCGUCUUUACCAUCCACUCCAAGUGCACCGUGGUCAUACUGCUCACCUGCUCGCUCCUCCUGUCCGCGCGCCAAUACUUUGGGGAUCCGAUUCAGUGCAUCAGCGAGGAGAAGAACAUCGAGUACAUACAGUCCUACUGCUGGACCAUGGGCACCUACAUCCUCAAGCUGGACAACCUCAGCGAGCAGCCGCUGGCGCUGGUUCAUCCCCAGCACAUGCACGACGCAGCCACAUCCUCCGCCUCCUCCGAUUUUGCCACCACUUCGUCCACGAGCCGCACCAUCAUCCGCAGCAGACCACACUCCAGAUCGAGUCUGCGCAGGAUCGGGGAGUACAACGAGGCGUACGCGCGGGCCAUGUCGAUAGCCGAGGGCGUGGGCCCCGAGAUUCGUGGCCAGACGGAGCGGGAGUACCUGCGCUACUACCAGUGGGUCAUCAUCCUGCUGCUCUUCCAGUCGUUCAUCUUCUACUUCCCCUCGUGCCUGUGGAAGGUGUGGGAGGGCCAGCGGCUGAAGCAACUCUGCUCGGAGGUCGGCGAGGCGCUCCUCUCGGAGAAGACGUACAACACCCGGCUCCGUCUGCUGGUCAAGUACUUCACCACCGACUACGAGGACAUGCACUUCUGCUACAUGGCCAAGUACGUCUUCUGCGAGGUCCUCAAUUUCCUCAUCAGUGUGGUGAACAUAAUGGUGCUGGAGGUGUUCCUGAACGGCUUCUGGUCGAAGUACCUGCACGCCCUGGCCACCAUUCCGUUCUACGACUGGGAUCGCUGGAAUCGCGUGUCCUCGAGCGUCUUUCCCAAGAUCGCCAAGUGCGAGGUGCUCAAGUUUGGGGCGAGCGGCACGGCGAACGUGAUGGACAACCUGUGCAUCCUGCCGCUGAACAUACUGAACGAGAAGAUCUUCGUCUUCCUGUGGGCCUGGUUCCUGCUGAUGGCCCUGAUGUCCGGCCUGAAUCUCCUCUGCCGGCUGGCCAUGAUCUGCAGCGGGUAUCUCCGGGAGCAGAUGAUCCGCAGCCAGUUGCGGUUCAUGACCAAGCGGCAUGUGAAGCGCGCUCUGCGCGACCUCACCAUCGGCGACUGGUUCCUGAUGAUGAAGGUCAGCGUCAACGUGAAUCCCAUGCUCUUCCGGGAUCUAAUGCAGGAACUGUGCGAGCUGCGCACCUCAUCAUCGGGCAGCACCCUGGAGAGCCCCGUCUAGGAUCGAUAGUGAUCCGAAUCAGGGAUAGGAUUAGGAUUAGGAUACCCAGAUCGCCUCGUCCUCCGGCUGCCCACUUUCAAUUGACGUUGCCGUCGUUCGUUGAUUCGCGCCCUUUUGCUUACCUAAAUCUGUAUAUUACAUAU